AACCUUGUGAUUCAAUUCUACCAUGUUCUUGCCUUCCAAGGCUCAGCCUAUUGAUUUCUAUAAAGACGAUGAAAACGACGACGAAGGCGAAAUCCCCGAUAUGUUGAUCGAUGUUCCAGCUUCCAACGGGGUUCAAGAUAUGUUGGAGCAACAAUUACUCAUCGCUGACAAUAACACCAGUGGCGAUGAUAGCAGUCACGAAACAAACACCACGAAUCCAAAGAAACGUGCCUUGACCUGGAUUGAAGACGAGACGCGAAUCCUAAUCGGUCUUAGACGAGAGAUCGAUUCGUUAUUCAAUACUUCCAAGUCGAAUAAGCAUUUAUGGGAACAGAUUUCUUCCAAGAUUAAAGAUAAGGGUUUUGAUCGUUCGCCGUCAAUGUGUACAUACAAAUGGCGGAACCUUCUUAAGGAGUUCAAGAAAGGAUCGAUUAAGAUGGCGUAUUACAAGGAAAUUGAUGAGAUUCUUAAUGAAAGAAACAAGAAUUCUGUUCAUUACAAGAACCCUAAUUCAACUCCCAAGGCCUAUGACGACUCUUUUAUGCAAGGAAUCAAAGAACCCUGUAUUUUCGGACCUGUAGAAGCUGAUGCCAGAUCUUUAGAUCAUGAUCAUGGAGAUUCUCUUGCGAUUAUUACUGACACGAGUACUGAUAAUGGUGUUCCGCCUAUCUUUUAUGGGAGGGUUAUAUCGGUGAAAUGGGGGAACUAUACUAAAAGGAUAGGUAUAGAUGGAAGUGCUGAUGCGAUAAAAGAAGUUAUUAAUUCGUCGUUUAGGAUAAGAACGAAGAGGGCGUUUUGGCUGGAAGAUGAAGAUAAUAUAGUUCGGGCACUGGAUAGAGACAUGCCUUUAGGGAACUACACUCUUCAUCUUGACGAAGGGAUGAUGAUUAAAUUAGUGAGCAGCUAUGUGGAAUCGGAAUUACGUAUGCCUGUCCAAACGGAGGAUAAGACUUUCUAUACUGAAGAUGAUUUCUGCGGUUUCCUUUCUCGUCGAGGGUGGACUUGUUUGAGAGAAUUUAACGGGUUUAAGGAUAUAGAUAACAUUGAUGAUCUUUGUCAUGGCGCUAUGUAUCGUGGUGUGUGAACUGAAUUGUAACGAACUCAAAUCAAACUUUUUUUUCUAAUAUAUAUGUGGUCAAAUGAUAGCUAUGCUA